UUCUUUUUCCGCCGGUCUGAGAUAGAGUGACGCUGCGCUAUCUGGCUUCCUCCGGACGGGUUCGCUGAUAGCUCUGGAGAGGACGAGGGAGGGAAAAAAAAAAGGAAAAAAAAACUCUGGAGCCAAGAGGGAACGAGCGGAUUCAUUUACGACUAGACGACUAGAGGGGACAUCUGAGAGCCCGUCUCAGUGAUGUGGUGAAGGGAACGAUAACUGGAAGGCUAGUAACCCACGUCUCGCCCAGGCUGAAGGAGCCUGAAGCAGGCCAAGUCACCCUAGUGAGACGUCCUUCUCCAGCCUCGGACCCUUCGAAGGAAACGUUCCCCCCCCGCCGCCAGUCCUGUCCAUCAAUCUGUCUCUAAAGAAUCCAGGACUUCCACGCCUGUGCGACAAAGAAAGAGGAGGAGAGCAAACCACAGCCCCAUCCAUCCUCAUCACGCUCUACAUCCAGGCCGUCCUGACGGAGGUGUCAGUCCCGGCCGCCACGAAUCAGAGAGAAGGACACGCUAAUUCCCUCUGCCCCGCCACCGAGAGACAUCAAACCAUCCGCAUCGACAGCGUGGGCCGCAAAGCGAGUCUCGUCCAUCUUGUUCUGCCAGCCCUUCUUUGCGAAGACGCCUCCGGAACCCCAGGAGCUAAUCGAGGACUGCUCCGUAUCUUCACACAAACGCGAACGGAGUCAUCACAGAAACACCACCUUUCUCCCCGCCAAUAUUCAAGCUCGGGAGUCUUUAAAGUUCAAGCCUUAAGUGCCUUAAUCGUGAGGCGGCCUGGGGGAUUUCUUCCCGCAGAGCGAAACAGGCGCGUUCGUAGAGGGGUACGGCUGUCUGAUAUCCAGGAGCACUCUGUCAGGAAGAGGAAGAGAGGCAGGCCGCACAGUGGUUCUCCCCCUGAUCGCCCAUGGCUGACUGGAGUUUGCUGGGGAACUUUCUGGAAGAGGUGCAGGAGCAUUCCACCUCUGUGGGGAAGGUCUGGCUGACCGUGCUCUUCAUCUUCCGCAUCCUGGUACUGGGCACGGCGGCCGAGUCAUCGUGGGGAGACGAGCAGGAGGACUUCACGUGCGACACGGAGCAGCCGGGUUGCGAGAACGUGUGCUACGACCGUGCCUUCCCCAUCGCCCACAUCCGCUUCUGGGUGCUGCAGAUCGUGUUCGUGUCUACGCCCUCCCUCAUCUACAUGGGCCACGCCAUGCACACGGUGCGCAGGGAGGAGAAGAGGAAGCAGAGAGCGAGGGACGACCCGGGCGGGGAGGGCGCGGGGGAUGGGGGUGGGGGGCGGAGCAGGGGUGGGGAGAAGUACCCGGAGGAGGAGCGAGACUGCGAGAAGGAGGAAUGCGGGGAGGGAAGGGUGCACCUGAGGGGGGCGCUGCUGCAGACCUACGUCCUGAGCAUCGGCAUCCGCACCCUGAUGGAGGUGAUCUUCGUGGCGGUGCAGUACAUGAUCUACGGAGUCUUCCUCCAGGCGCUGUACGUCUGCGAGGGCCUGCCAUGCCCGCACCCGGUCAACUGCUACGUCUCGCGGCCGACCGAGAAGAACGUCUUCAUCGUGUUCAUGCUGGCUGUGGCUGCCGUGUCGCUCUUCCUGAGCAUGGUGGAGCUCUACCACCUGGCGUGGAAGCAGUGCAAGAGGUGCGCGAGGGACCACCGGGCCAGGAAGCGGCAAAGGGCUGCCACGCCCUUGGCGGUGGCUGCCGCCUCUCCGGAACCUUCCAAGCCGGACCGGGCCUGCACCCCGCCCCCUGACUUCAACGAGUGCCUGGCGACGACCUUGACGCCGCCCCACCCGCUGCGGACGCAUUCCCGCCCCAGUUGCCCGCCGUUUAAUGACUGCCUGGCCAGCCAUCAGAACUCUGCCAACAUGGCGACGGAACGCCGCCGUAGCCGUGACGACUUGGGGGCGGUGGACUUCCUCAAGAUGAGCUUCUCGCAGCAGUCUGUGGACACGCCCAACUGCGCUCCGCCCGUGUUGCUAAACAACGGACUGUUAACGGACAAGCGGCGUUUUAGCAAGAGCAGCGGGACCAGUAGCAGAGUGAGGCCUGACGACCUGGCAGUGUAGCCUUGACAGCAAACAGCAACUGUAACAAACAGCCGACGACAAACGGCGUCGAAGAUUACCGCAGCACCGUACCAGCAGAUGACUGGCUCCUUAACUUAUCAACACUGGAAUGCCUGUACGUGUCCCAUCUCGUCGUAUGUAAGCAUGAAAGAUGCCUAUCUGUCUGCUGUUUCAUAAGAGGCGAUAAUGCGGCAUGUUUACCUUUUAAUGAGUACACCGAGAAAAGAAUCCUUUGACGGUUAGCUCAUAGUAAAGAUAUGCACGCUUGUGAGAUUGUCCUGUUAAAGGGAGAUGCUGAGCAAUUGCUGAAAGGUUGCUGUCAUCAAAACAUUUGUGGAAGUUUGAGCGUGAGACAAGCCUACUUCAACGAAAAGGCCAUCGGAACAUGCUGACACCAGGGACCUCAGCUGUGAUUGGCCAAGGCAGCAUGAAUCCUCAUGGGAGCCAGGAUGGCAGAGGGCAGGCCAGACUCCAGACACCAGUCACUCCCAGGGACUCUCCGUGUCUCUGUGCAAAGGCAAGACCUGGAGCUCCUACCGGCCUGCGCAUUACUGGACUAGAAUAAAUGGAAUGUUACAGGUUGCAAUUCUGCAAAUUCAUGGGCAUUAUGGCUGAAAAGGAAUACAAGAUUCAGUGGCUUAUACCUAAGCAUCAGUACUGGAUGCUGAUUGGCCAGUGAAGCCUAAUAUCUUAUUAUUAGGUUUGAUCUUGAUGCUUAUUAUCAAAGUUAAUGCACAUCCUCUGGUUUCCACAUAUACACAUCAAUAUGUAUGGAAAAUAUUAUUUGCACUAUUGAUGUUCAUUUGCAGGUUUUGUUUUGUGAUUUUAAGCAUGCCUAACAUCUGAAAUGGUAAUCAGAUAAAAAUAAUUUUUUAAUUUUACAUUUUGUUCUAUACUACUUAAUAGUUUAGGUUGCUGAAUCACCAAAAGACAAGAUCACUACCAAAUAAGGGCUAACUUUUCUGAGAUUUUUUAAUUACACUGAAAGAUUCAAACCAUAUAUAUCUGCAUUUCAUUCCAAAGCUUUUCCCUAUUAAGUAUAUGCAAAUAAUUGUUUCAAUAGCUACAUUUGCAGUCAUUUCUAACAAGCACAACCUGACGAAGCACAGGAUUUGAGUUACUGCAAAUAAACAUUUUAAAAGUUAAGUUAGCCCCAGCCCAGUGUCUAACUUGUAAAAGCAGUAACGGUCACUGAGGGAGAGAGUAGGCACCUCUUCCUUGGCUGCAGCCAAAAACGAGACAAACUGAGCUCACCAAAGUAGCUCACAGCUAUCCUAACUUGCAAGCUAGCAUUUCUUGAGGACUUUAAGUUAACAUUACAUCAAAUACAUUUCCUUAACCUUCCCUUAUUUUCAUUGGGAGAGUGGUAUCCUAGGCCCGAAAUUUGGUGCUACGCCCAUCUGUGAUUUGACUGCUUUGCCAUGUCUUGCUAGUCAUGCACUCCUACCACUAGAUGGCGGCAUACCUCAACCUCAGUGCUGUUCAGCCCUUUGGAUAAAGCAACGCACACAUCUAUCCAAAUUCCCUCCCGAUGGUAAAAGGUCAUGUGUUCUCAUCUCGAUGCUGGAGAAGCCCCCUCGCAUUCUGUGCCUGGCAGGGCAGGGACACGCUCGCCCUGCAGCAGCUGCUGAACAAUCGUGUACAAUCUCCUAAUAUUAGAGUCCUCCCCACCAGGAGUCUCCUUGGGACACUGGGUAAUUAUAGAACCAUAGCACCAAGGAUCGGGGGGGGGGGUAGGAUGGUAUCGAGAUCCCAGAUUUAUUCGGAUGAAGGUUUGGUGCAGGCAUAUCAUGGAAUUCCAUGUAGGGGCUAAAGAAUGGUCGCAUGUCUUGUUUCGAAAUGUGGUUAUUUCGCCUGGCCCCUGAUUGGGCUGCAGACUCAUUUUACAAUAAUGCGCAUUAUUUGUAAACUUCAACAAUAUAAAAUUGGAUUGCAUAUGGAAACCUUUAAUUACACUGUUUAUCUAGGCUGAACAUAAGCAGAGACCUCCUGGGGCGUUUGAGAGUUAUCGCUGAAUAUUAUAUUGUUGCAGUAACCUUAUCUGCCCACGAGGGGGCAGCGCAAGACCAGUCACACCUAUAUAUGAGAGAGAAAGAGAAAAAGAGAGAAAGAAAGAAAGAGAAAGAGAGAGCGAGAGAGAGAGAGAGACGGUGCUGCAUGACACUUUAUACCAAACAAUAUAUUUUAUUUGUCUUCCAACACCCAGCCUUAGGAAGUGGUUCAGUACCAAAUUCAAUGGAGUUACACAUGACAAGCAUCAACACAGGAGGGCUGGGGACAUGUGGACAACCUAUUAGUUUUUUUUUGUGUGUUUUUUUUUUUUUUUCAUUAUUUGUUUUCUACAAAAAAAAGAAAAAAUAAGAACAAAAAAAUAAAAUAAAAACGCCACCCAUCAGUAAUCCAGCUUCAUCACCACAUAGCCAUUGUACGUGGCUACAAUUUUUAUGUUCGAUUUUAUUGAUGCCCCUUGCCACCUUCACUGGCAUCAACCAGCGGAUACGGCUUUCUGAUCGUCUUUGUCUGACGGACACCUUGACCCUGGCAGUUGACAUCAUGGUAGCUACUGAGAGGCAGUUUUCUGGGAUCUGGGAUCCGUUUGCGCCUCUACCUCGGGGCAGCUUAGGGGGAAAAUCCAGAACACGAACCAGAAGCCACACUGACGGAGUACGUUGGAUUACUGCUCCUACUGACAGUUGUCAAAGUGUUUUUCUCUACAAUAAAAAGGAGUAAAGAAAAAAACACUUCUUUAUUCUUUACA